UCAGGGAGCGUGAGAUCCUCGGAGUUCAGCCCCACCAUCCGAACUAACUCGGAUCUCAGGUGUUUCCAGCUCUCCGUAGCUUUCCAGAAAUCGGACUGGCCUCGUUCCCAGUUCCAGAAAGCCGGCGUCCUGCUGCACAAUGCCCCACCUGGGGCCCCUGCGCCGCAGGGCCUGGGCUGCGCUGCUCGGCCAGUUCUUGCGACCUCCCCGCACUGUGUGCAUCCGCGGCUGUCAUAGCCAGGUUGCAAAGGCAGUGUUAACGUCUGAACAACUGAAAUCGCAUCAAGAAAAACCGAAUUUUAUCAUCAAGGUUCCAAAGGGCACCAGGGAUUUAAGUCCUCAGCAGAUGGUGGUGAGGGAGAAAAUCCUCGAUAAGAUCAUCAGCUGUUUCAAAUGUCAUGGGGCAAAGGGGUUGGAUACACCAGCGUUUGAGCUAAAAGAAAUGCUCACCGAGAAGUAUGAAGACAACUUCGGCCUCAUGUAUGAUUUGAAGGAUCAAGGUGGAGAGUUGUUGUCUCUGCGCUAUGACCUUACUGUCCCUUUUGCUCGCUAUCUGGCCAUGAAUAAACUGAAGAAAAUGAAAAGAUACCAAGUUGGAAAGGUGUGGAGGCGAGAGAGCCCAGCCAUAGCCCAGGGCCGCUACCGGGAGUUCUGCCAGUGUGAUUUUGAUAUUGCUGGUGAGUUUGACCCAAUGAUCCCUGAUGCAGAGUGUUUGAGGAUCAUGUGUGAAAUCCUAAGUGGAUUGCAACUGGGGGACUUUCUCAUUAAGGUAAAUGACCGUCGGGUUGUAGAUGGGAUGUUUGCUGUCUGUGGUGUUCCUGAGAGCAAGCUCCGAACCAUCUGCUCCUCAAUGGACAAACUAGACAAGAUGUCUUGGAAAGACGUGAGGCAUGAGAUGGUGGCAAAGAAAGGUCUAGCUCCUGAGGUGGCUGAUCGAAUUGGGGACUACGUCCAGUAUCACGGGGGGAUAUCCCUGGUUGAGGAGUUGUUGAAGGAUCCCAGACUAUCCCAAAGCCAGCUGGCCUUGCAGGGCCUAGGAGACCUGAAGCUGCUCUUUGAAUACCUGAGGUUAUUUGGAAUUGCUGAUAAGAUCUCCCUUGAUCUGAGCCUGGCCCGGGGCCUGGACUAUUAUACUGGAGUGAUUUAUGAAGCAGUACUGCUAGAGUCUCCAGCUCAGGCCGGAAAGGAAACUCUGAGUGUGGGUAGUGUGGCUGCUGGUGGGCGCUAUGACAAUCUGGUAGCCCAGUUUGAUCCCAAGGGCCAUAACGUGCCUUGUGUGGGGUUGAGCAUUGGAGUAGAGAGAAUCUUCUACCUUGUGGAACAGAAGAUGAAGAUGUCUGGUGAGAAGGUUCGAACCACAGAGACCCAAGUGUUUGUGGCCACACCCCAGAAGAACUUUCUCCAAGAACGUUUGAAGAUAAUUGCAGAGCUUUGGGACGCUGGGCUCAAGGCAGAGAUGCUUUAUAAAAACAACCCUAAACUGUUAACCCAGCUGCACUAUUGUGAGAAAGCAGACAUUCCUCUGAUGGUCAUUAUUGGUGAGCAAGAGCAGAAUGAAGGUGUCAUCAAGCUCCGUUCAGUGGCCAGCAGAGAAGAAGUGAGUUGGAGCUGGUGACCAUUAAUCGAGAAAGUCUUGUGGCUGAAAUUCAGAAGCGACUGUCUGAGUCUUGAUUAGUGCCUGAUUUCUAUCUGCUGCCUGUAGAGAAAAAAUUUUCAUCUAGGACUGAGUUCUGGUGGACUUUGCAACAGUGGCCAGCAUGGAUGUUGUACAAGUGCCUUCUGCUUCCAUCUCUCCUGG